AUGAAGAAGAAAGAAGAGAUGAAGGCACAUAAAAAGAAAGAAGAAAUGAGAAAGAUUGAGAGAAAAAGACAGCAAGAGGAAAAAGAAGCGAAGAAGGAGGAAGAAAUGAGAAAUAGGGAGAUAGAAGAACAACGGAAAAAAGAGGAGGAAAUGAAGAAGAUAGAAGAGGAGAAAGAGAAAGCAAGAAAGAAAGAGGAAGAAAUGAAGAAGAUAGAAGCAGAGAAAGCAAGAAAGAAUGAGGAGGAGAUGAACAUACGAGAAGAGGGGAAAGAAAGAAAGAAAGAGGAGGAAAUGAAGAAGAAAAAAGAGGAGAAAAAGGACGGACAAAGAAGGAAUGAAAAAAGAAAGAACAAGAUAAGGAAAACGAAGAAGAGAAAUCCUGAAGCCGAGCCUGAGGGAGAACGAAAGGUAACACCAGAACCUCUUCCAGGACAAGUUCCUAAACAGGCAGAAGAACCAGCUGAAGAAAAUGACGUUACACAACAAAAUGACACGGGUGCUUAUCCAGCAAACACAGUUCUUAUGCUUAUCCAUAACAAGGAAAGUCAUGCCUUGCCCAAACUUUCCAGUUCAUCUGUUCUAACUGACCAGACAGUCAGGACUCUAGGAGGUUUAUUUGAUUUGGCGUUUUUUGAAGAAAGAGGAAUCUAUAAAUGUGAAAUGAAUGACAUUGCUUUAAAACGAGUCUGUACAUUCAUAAAGCAAAACAGGAUAGACACAAUUUGA